CACGCCACAGCUUUAUAUAUUAUAUAUUAUAUAGGCCGGGGGUUGAACCCGUCCUCAGAACUGUGAGGCAGGCCCCAAAUAAUAUGAAUAAUUUCAUUAUUCUUAUCAUUAUAUAUAAAUCAAUCAAGCCUAAUAAUAGAAUUUCUUGAGGUUUAAUAAUGACACAAGUGCUACAGCAAAAAGACAAAGUUCAGACAGUCCACGCUUUACAUACAGCAGCAGGCAGCGUAAUGAGGCGCGACGUUGUUGUUGUGCCUAUACGUGACGUGAAAGCCCCGCCCCCUCGCGCGCAGGCCCGCCUCCAAAAGGCUCGCGCAAGCGUCCAACACUUCACACCCGGCGCAGCAGCUCAGUGGCUUCAUGGGCGCGCAACAACAUGGAAGCUAACGUGGUCGUGAUGGGCACGGAGAGCGUGGGCAAAUCAGCACUGACAGUGCGCCUGUUGACGCGGAGAUUCAUAGGAGAGUAUGGAGAUAUUGAGUCCAUCUACAGUCACAGAUUCAUGGUGGAUGGCAGGGAAAUUGCUGUUAAUAUUUGGGAUUCGCCAUAUUCUCAGGACGUCUCGGUGAAGACAUCCCUCCUGGAGAGGAAGCUCCAAUGGGCCGACGGCUUCGUCCUGGCCUACAGCAUCUGCGACCGCGCCAGCUUCAACGCCGUCGUCCGCCUGGUGCACACCAUCAAGUCUGCUCGAGGCCACCCCGACACGGACAAGGCGCCCGUGGCCAUCGUGGGCAACAAGCGCGACCUCCACCACCGGCGGACGGUGGCCAGCGAGGAGGGCCGCCUGCUGGCCCUCGACGCCGGCUGCCUCUUCUACGAAGUGUCGGCGGCCGAGAACUACCACGGCGUGCUGGACGUGUUCCACGGGCUGACGGGCAGAAUGAGGGACGCCAAGCCGUGCGCCAAGAGGCCGCUGGGCCUCAAGGGCAUCGUCAAGAGCGUGUCCGCCGUGUUCGCCAGACGACGGACAGACUCCAUUUAGGAGAAUCGUGGGGGUGUUGAGGGGCAUUAUGGGCAUCCACUGUAGUGUGCCAAAGACAUUCAUGACGGUUGAAGCCUGAAGACAUGAGCGGAAACAACACCACAGAGGUUGAUUUGGUUGAACUUAAAGCCAACUACUUGAGAUACUGAUGAAUAGACAACAUAGUACCCUGACAUGUAUGUAGACAUGUACAGUGGGGCCUUGAGAUAGGAGUGACUCCACUUACAAGUUUUUCGAGAUACGAGCUGUUGUUCGUUCAGCAGACUGGAGAUACAAGUACUGUAUGGUGGCAGUGAACUCAGCUCACUUCACCAUAAGCAGAACUUGGUGAACAAAUCUACACAAAAAGAGGCUUCAAUCUGUUUAUUGCCACUCCCUGUUGAAGUUUACUGUCAAACUAAACAUAAAACAGACUGUAAUUCACAGAUUGUCUAUUUGAAACAACCGCAUAACUUCCUUUCCGUCCACUAGCUAACACUAAAUAGCAUCUAUGUUGCAGUGCUAUAACUAAGCAAUGGAUUGAACACAAACGAUGCCACAACUCAAGAGACUGACAACAUAACAGGACUCAUCAGUAUAUAUUCUUUAUCAUCUACAAGGACCGACUAAUAUUAGUGCCGUACUGAUAAGCUGCAGGAGUUCAUACGGCUGAAUGAACGGUGUAGCCGUCUGUCUGUAUUCUACUGUCCCCAGGUGGCCAAGGCGAGCACACAGAAAGCGCUGCACAACAGCCAUUCAAUUGAUGAUGCUGAAUGCAGAGAUGCUGAAUAUUGAAUACUGUUUUAAUGUAUGCAGAUCUCUACAGAUGUUUUUUGCUAGUUUUUUUGCUUGUAAUACAUUUUGCUUGGACCAACCAAUCAGACGACAGAAAAAUACUGAUGUAAUCGCUCUUUGAUUUUAUGGCAGUAGUCUGACACCAAAUUUGUCUUGCAGUCUGUCCAGGCAUUAGUGGAACCUCAGUUUACUAACAAAUCGGUUUACAAAUAAAGUUUUUGGACAAAUA